AGACCGUGUAUUCUCAGAUCAUGUCAUUAUCACUCCGUAAUUGUAAUGCAUUUUUGAAGAUGCGUAAGCACAUAGGGUAUAUGUGUGUCUACAGAACAAAAUUUUGGACUUUGCUAUGAAGCUAAUGCUGAAAUGACUUAACAAUCCAAUAAAAUAUGUAAUUUCGCAGACUAUGGUUUUGAACCAACGGAAGAUGAAACAAAUUGCAAUAUUUGUUAUAUGUUUAAUUUUGGUUCUGGGCUUAUACAAAUCCAUAGUCAACACCGAGGACGAAAGGUUUUUCUUUAGCAAUCCACUUCAACAUUUCAAACAGAGCGGUGAUGCCCAAACUAACAUUAAAUCCAGGCCAGAAGCAGCAACAGGAUCUACAAUCGAUCUUCCACGUAUAGAUAUCAGAGAUCUACAAGAGGCCAACGAAAGAAUUCGCAACCUGGAGGGCAAGCUGAUGCAUAUUGAAACAAAGAUCGAAAAUCAAGUCCUCAAAAGUUUUCCUGUCAUUACAUUUUUAAAUUACAAGAACCGUAAAAGAAUUUUAGUAACAGGAGGUGCUGGAUUCGUAGGUUCUCAUUUAGUAGAUCGGUUAAUGAUUGCCGGACACGAAGUCAUUGUUGUGGACAACUUUUUUACGGGCAGAAAAAGGAAUGUCGAACAUUGGGUAGGCCACGAGAAUUUUGAACUAGUUCAUCACGAUAUUAUUAGACCUUUAUAUUUAGAGGUCGAUGAAAUUUAUCAUCUUGCUAGUCCAGCUAGUCCUCCACAUUAUAUGAUGAAUCCUGUAAAGACUAUCAAGACGAAUACAUUAGGAACUAUCAACAUGCUUGGUCUUGCGAAGAGGGUUGGAGCUCGAGUUUUAAUCGCUAGUACAUCCGAAGUUUAUGGUGAUCCUACUGAACAUCCUCAGUCGGAAACCUAUUGGGGAAAUGUAAAUCCAAUCGGACCUAGAGCUUGUUACGACGAAGGAAAGCGUGUCUCAGAAACUUUAAGUUAUGCUUACAUGCGACAGGAAGGUGUUCCAAUUCGCAUUGCUCGAAUUUUUAAUACAUUCGGCCCAAGAAUGCACAUGAACGACGGACGCGUUGUAUCAAAUUUCAUCUUGCAGGCACUGCAAAAUGAUUCUAUAACCAUUUAUGGCAAUGGAAAGCAAACGAGAUCUUUCCAGUAUGUAUCUGAUCUAGUCGAUGGUUUGAUGGCUUUAAUGGCUUCAAAUUACAGUCAGCCUGUGAACAUUGGAAAUCCCGUCGAACACACGAUAGAAGAAUUUGCCUUCAUAAUAAAGGAUUUAGUAGGAGGCACCAGUACAAUAGUCGAGCUGGCCGCUAUGGAAGAUGAUCCACAGAGAAGAAAGCCCGAUAUUUCUCGAGCAAAGAAAUACUUGAAUUGGGAACCAAAAGUUCCUUUAGCUAUUGGCCUAAAGAAAACUAUUACAUAUUUUGAAAAGGAAUUACAGAGAACGAAGCACUAUCAGAAGGACGUUAAACAGCCUGCCUUAAAAAACGACCACGAUAUAAUCGAGCAGCUGUAGGAAUACAGUUUCCAUAUACGUCUAGUAUGAUAUGAAUUCGUUAAGGACAGAAAUGCGCCAAAAACCAUCUGAUAUCUGAUUUUCAGAUUUUUUUAAAUUUACGAAAUUUAAAUUA